UCAUCUGCUGCUUCUGCUCUCCUCUGUGAAAGUGCGUCAUUGGUGUCGGUGAACAUGGCGGCUGCUGUGGUCAACAAGUGUCUGAGUCCUGUUGGUUUCGUCACCAGGAGGUUUUGUGCGCCGCAGUUUAUAACUCAGUGCUUCUACCAUAAGAAGGUGGUGGAUCACUAUGAGAAUCCAAGAAAUGUGGGAACCCUGGAUAAAAAUUCUAAAAAUGUUGGGACUGGUCUGGUGGGUGCUCCAGCCUGUGGAGAUGUAAUGAAACUUCAGAUCGAGGUGGAUGAGCAAGGGAAAAUUGUGGAUGCCAGGUUCAAGACUUUUGGCUGCGGCUCUGCCAUCGCCUCCAGCUCUCUGGCCACAGAGUGGAUUAAGGGAAAAACUGUGGAUGAAGCCUCGAUGAUAAAGAACACAGACAUUGCCAAAGAGCUGAGUCUUCCUCCAGUUAAGCUUCACUGUUCCAUGCUCGCUGAGGAUGCCAUCAAAGCUGCCCUGGCUGACUACAGUCUUAAGCAACAGGAUAACCACCAGGAGGCAGUGUGUGCCAGUAAUUAGGAAGACCAGCACUCUCAGCGGAUGAUGUUCUUUUCUGCUCUCAAGGAAAGAGAUGGCGGUAAUCCAGCUUCAUCACCUCUUUGUCUACAGUAUUGAUAUAAAGUGUACCAAAUACAUUUUUAACACCUACAACAUCAUCCUGUUUAGCAGUGUUCCCCCAGGCUUCUGCAGUCCUCUGUGGUCUUCUGCACUGUAUCUUUAGCCUGUCAUGUAAGCGCACAAUGUAAACACGACGGUGGUUGGUACAAAAGUGAA